UUAAAGACGCCUAGAGUAGCAGUUCUACGGUAACCAUCGUCCUCCCCAGCCGAGGGCAGGGGGCGAGUGUGGAAGAGAUGAAACACGAGGUUGCAAACCAGGAUAGCGUGCUACCUGGACCCCCAGCAGCCCGAGGUAGACCCCAAGAAUGAGCAGUGUUGGUAUGGAUGAGUUUGUGGAGGGCAUUUCAACAAAUGAAAUUCAAAGCACGCAGGUGGGACAAGCAGAUGCAUCUGAUUCUGCUCGGCAUCGACCCAGCAAGCUGCACGAUUUCCUUAAAAAGAAUCUGCAUUCCCUGGGUGUAGCUCAGAUCAUGAUUGGCCUGAAAUGCUUCUUGUUUGGAAUCAUUGAGAUUUUUUUUUACUGGCACUCUAAUCACAGAGGUCUCUUAUUCUGCUUUUAUAUUGGCUACCCAUUCUGGGGUGCAGCAUCUUUCAUCAUAUCUGGAUCUUUGACCAUCUCAUGUAUGAAAAAACAAACAAAAUUUCUGAUUGGAGUCAGUAUGGGAGCUCACAUUAUCAGCACGCUACUUUCAAGCACUGGGCUAAUUCUUCUCUUCGUGAAUCUAAUUGAUGUAUUCUUAUUUGAAUGCUCAGAGUUACGUGAGUGUUCAUUGGUUAAAUCUUUUAUAACCAGUAUUGUGAUCCUUCAAAUGAUAGUGACUUGUGCGCAGAUCUUCAUUUCCUUCUCACUCUGUGGGCUCACUUACACCAUGAAUGGCAGUGAGAUGAGCCUGGUUUCUGCACUGAGUUGCUUGAUCAGAACACAUUCUGAAGAUCCUUAUCAAGACUUAUUGACUCAACCUCAAACUUAUGAAGACUUAGUGCUGCAAGAUAUAGAUCCUGUUCACUCUGAUCCAUGAGACACCGUCAUAACAUUCUUUACCACACGAAUGCAUCUUGGAUCCACGAUAUCAAUCAAAGACAGAUUUUUUUUUAUAGGAAUCUCCUACAAAUACUGUCCUCCCUAUGUUUUCAUUAUGCAAUUUCACACACACACACACACACACACACACACACACUAGCAGAUAUGUGUGCUUUACUUUAUAGUUGACCAAUAAAUCCUAGUAUUAACACUCUGUAGAUUAAUAGAUCUCUCUUCAUUUGGAUGACCUAUUACCACUUUUCAGCAAAUUUUAGUUCUUAGGUCUCACAGAGGAAUUUGUUAUUACCCACUUGCUUCUUCCUAGAAAUUGUACUUCCUUCUUGGUUGACAGUUUAUACAAGUAAAACAUUUUUGUACAAAUAGUUUGGAUAAGUAGUGGCAUACCAUCUGGCAUUGGGGCCAAUCUAAGUUCCUUUGACUGUUGAAUGUACCAGCUCCUCUUGCUCAUGUCAAGGUGAACUUGGGAAAAUAUAGAUUACAAAGUGCGUAUUACCACACUCUAAUGUAUAACAUAUGAUAAAAAUCAAAUGCAACUUCA